GCAGUUGGGACUAGACUUGGUUCCACGGAAAGAGUUUGCAAUGGUAGAUCCAGAUGAUAUCAGUGUUACAGAAUUAUAUAGACUGAUGGAACAUAGACAUCGAAAGAAAGACACUCCAGUGCCAGCAAGCAGUCACCAUCUCUUUGUACAGAUGAAGAGCUUAAUGUGUUCAAACCUGGGUGAAGAACUAGAAGUAAUAUUUUCUCUGUAUGACAGCAAAGAAAGUCGUCCAAUCAGUGAACGAUUCUUUGUCAGACUGAACAGGAAUGGAUUGCCAAAAAAUCCAGAGAAGACAGAAAGAUAUAGUUCCCUCUUUAUCGAUCUGAGCUCAGGUGACCUUCGGAAAGAUAUUUUUGUUACUGUACACAUAAUCAGAAUCGGACGAAUGGGGGCAGGCGAGAAAAAGAACUCCUCAAACGUGCAAUAUCGACGACCUUUUGGGUGCGCAGCUCUCAGUAUAGCUGACCUUCUGACGGGCGAAUCAAAAGAUGACUUAAUCCUAAAAGUGUAUAUGUGCAACACUGAAAGUGACUGGUAUCAGAUCCAUGAAAAUAUUAUCAAGAAACUGAAUGCACGGUAUAACCUCACAGGCUCCAAUACAGGCCUGGCAGUUUCCCUUCAGCUGCUACAUGGAGAUAUUGAACAAAUUAGGAGAGAUUAUUCCUCAGUGUUUACCCGUGGGGUCUCAAUAACAAGAAAGCUCGGUUUCUCAGAUGUUAUUAUGCCGGGGGAAAUGAGGAACGACCUUUAUAUCACUCUAGAAAGGGGAGAGUUUGAGAAAGGAGGGAAAAGUGUGGCAAGAAAUGUGCAGGUCACUAUGGUUAUUGUGAACAGCGAAGGGCAACUUUUAAAGGAUUAUAUUUCCUUUGGUUCUGGAGAGCCGACAGCUAAUGAAUAUCAUUCAUUUGUGUUAUAUCACAAUAACAGUCCUCGAUGGGCUGAACUCCUAAAACUUCCAGUUCCAGUGGACAAAUUUCGAGGAGCACAUAUUCGAUUUGAAUUUCGUCAUUGUUCCACAAAAGAGAAGGGGGAGAAGAAGCUGUUUGGCUUUUCCUUUGUGCCCUUAAUGCAAGAAGAUGGUCGGACCUUUCCUGAUGGAACCCAUGAACUAAUUGUUCAUAAGUGUGAAGAGAACACCAUCUUCCAGGAUUGUUGUCGCUACCUCAAGCUCCCCUUUCUGAAAGGAAAUCAACAUGGAAACAAUAAUCAAGCAAUUAAGAACUCAAAAGAAUCCUUUUGGAUAACCUCAUUCCUUUGUUCCACUAAACUUACUCAGAAUGGUGAUAUGCUUGAUCUACUAAAGUGGAAAAUGCACCCAGAAAAAAUCCCCGGCUGCUUAUCAAAAUUAAAAGAAAUUGAUGGUUCAGAAAUAGUGAAGUUUCUUCAAGAUACACUGGAUACUUUGUUUGGCAUUUUGGAUGAAAACUCUCUGAAAUAUGGUUCCAAGGUGUUUGAUUGUUUAGUUCAUAUAAUUAAUUUGCUGCAGGACAGCAAAUUCCAGCACUUUAAGCCAGUAAUGGAUACUUAUAUAGAAGGGCAUUUUUCUGGUGUGCUCGCUUACAGGGACCUGAUAAAAGUUUUCAAAUGGUAUGUUGACAGAAUAAUUGAUGCUGAACGACAAGAGCAUAUCCAGGAAGUAUUAAAGGCCCAAGAGUACAUUUUUAAGUAUAUAGUUCAGUCGCGUAAGCUGUUUUCUCGCCAUACUGGAGGACAGAAUGAAGAAGAAUUUCGAUGCGGUGUUCAAGAACUUCUAAUGUCAAUACGAUUCUUUCUGUCUAAGGAGAGCAAGGGAUCCUGCGCACUCUCUCAUUCUCAGGCUGUGUUUCUGAAUUCCUUCCCAGCUGUGUACUCCGAACUGCUGAAGCUCUUUGAUGUUCGAGAGGUGGCAAACUUAGUGCAUGAUACUCUGGGCAGUUUGCCAACAAUCACGCACGCGGAUGACUCCCUUCAAGACGUAAAACUGCAGUGUAUAGCGAAGACAGUGGAGAGCGAACUUUACAGCAAUCCUGACUCCCGGUUCAUUCUUCUGCCUGUAGUCUUGCACCACCUCCACAUGCAUUUACAGGAGCAGAGAGAUCUUGUAAUGUGUGCUCGUAUCCUUAGCAACAUGUUUUGUCUAACCAAGAAAAACAGCUCAGAGAAAUCUGCUAUGAAGGAAAUAGAUGUUAUUGUGAACUGCCUUUUGGAUAUACUACUGAGAACUAUAUUAGAGAUCACAAGCAGGCCUCAGCCAUCAGGCUCUGCCAUGCGACUUCAGUUCCAGGAUGUUACUGGUGAGUUUGUGGCGUCUCUUUUAUCUCUUUUGCGACAAAUGACUGACAGACACUACCAACAGCUUCUAGAGAGUUUUAGCACAAAAGAUGAACUACGGGAUUUUUUGCUGCAGAUUUUUACAGUUUUUCGAAUUCUAAUAAGACCAGAGAUGUUCCCCAAAGAUUGGACUGUGAUGCGCUUUGUGGCUAACAACGUUAUCAUUACUACAGUUUUAUAUCUUUCUGAUGCCCUUCGAAAGAACUUCUUAAAUGAUAGUUUUGAUUAUAAGAUUUGGGAUUCUUAUUUUUACCUUGCAGUUAUUUUUAUAAAUCAGUCGUGCCUGCAGUUAGAGCUGUUUACACCAUCAAAAAUGAAAAAGGUGCUGGAAAAAUAUGGUGAUAUGCGAGUAACUAUGGGAUGUGAAAUCUUCAGUAUGUGGCAAAAUUUAGGUGAGCAUAAGCUGCAUUUCAUCCCAGCAUUAAUUGGACCGUUCUUAGAGGUAACAUUAAUACCACAGCCAGACUUGCGGAAUGUAAUGAUUCCCAUUUUCCACGACAUGAUGGACUGGGAGCAAAGACGUAGUGGUAACUUUAAACAGGUUGAAGCAAAGCUAAUUGACAAAUUGGAUAGCCUCAUGUCUGAAGGAAAAGGUGACGAAACGUACCGGGAGCUCUUCAACAGCAUUCUACUAAAGAAAAUUGAACGCGAAACAUGGAGAGAAAGUGGUGUGUCAUUAAUUGCAACUGUAACAAGGCUCAUGGAAAGGCUGCUAGACUACAGAGAUUGUAUGAAAAUGGGAGAAGUUGAUGGUAAAAAGAUUGGAUGCACCGUCAGUUUGUUGAACUUUUACAAGACAGAGCUUAACAAAGAAGAAAUGUAUAUACGAUAUAUUCACAAGCUAUAUGAUCUGCACAUGAAAGCACAAAAUUUCACAGAGGCUGGUUACACACUUUUGCUUUAUGAUGAGCUUUUGGAAUGGUCGGAUCGUCCAUUAAGAGAAUUUCUAAACUAUCCCAUGCAGACAGAAUGGCAGCGCAAGGAAUAUCUUCACAUGACUAUUAUACAGAAUUUUGACAGAGGAAAAUGUUGGGAGAAUGGGAUAAUCCUGUGCAGGAAACUUGCUGAGCAGUAUGAAGGCUACUAUGAUUACAGAAAUCUCAGCAAGAUGAGGAUUAUGGAAGCUUCUCUCUACGACAAAAUCAUGGAUCAGCAACGAUUGGAACCUGAGUUUUUUAGAGUUGGAUUUUAUGGAAAAAAGUUCCCUUUUUUCCUGAGGAACAAGGAAUUUGUUUGCAGAGGACAUGACUAUGAGAGAUUAGAAGCCUUCCAGCAGCGUAUGCUUACUGAAUUCCCCCAUGCUAUUGCAAUGCAACAUGCCAACCCUCCAGAUGAGACCAUAUCUCAAGCAGAAGCACAAUAUUUGCAGAUCUAUGCAGUUACUCCCAUACCUGAAAGUCAGGAGGUUCUGCAAAGAGAGGGCAUUCCUGAUAAUAUCAAGAGCUUCUAUAAAGUUAAUCAUAUCUGGAGAUUCCGAUAUGAUAGACCUUUUCAUAAAGGGACCAAGGACAAGGAGAAUGAAUUCAAGAGUCUCUGGGUGGAAAGAACCGCACUGACGUUGGUGCAGAGCUUACCUGGAAUAUCGCGUUGGUUUGAAGUGGAAAAGCGUGAAGUAGUGGAAAUGAGUCCUCUAGAAAAUGCAAUUGAGGUCUUGGAAAAUAAGAACCAACAGUUAAGAACACUUAUCAGUCAAUGUCAGACACGACAGAUGCAGAACAUAAAUCCACUGACAAUGUGCCUGAAUGGAGUAAUAGAUGCAGCAGUUAAUGGUGGUGUCUCCAGGUACCAAGAGGCUUUUUUUGUCAAGGACUAUAUCUUCAACCACCCUGAGGAUGGAGACAAGAUUUCGCGCUUGCGAGAACUGAUGCUUGAACAGGCCCAGAUUUUAGAGUUUGGUUUAGCCGUGCACGAGAAAUUUGUUCCUCAAGAUAUGAGACCCUUACAUAAGAAGAUGGUGGAUCAAUUCUUUGUUCUGAAGUCAAGUUUGGGAAUACAGGAUUUCUCCACUUGCGUUCCGCCAAGUCCUGUAAAUUUCCCCAAUGGAAGUCCUCGAAUACCCAGAAAUUCAGCACCUGCUGUUAUGGGCCCAGAUGCUGCCCGAGUGAUACCAAGACGAAGUCCGUUGAGUUACCCAGCUGUCAACAGAUAUUCCUCGUCUUCGUUAUCAUCCCAAGCAUCUGCAGAAGUCAGCAACCUGACAGGCCAGUCAGAAAGUUCAGAUGAAGUAUUUAACAUGCAGCCAAGCCCAUCUACCUCAAGCCUGAGUUCUACACAUUCCGCUUCACCCAAUGUAACAAGUUCUGCUCCUUCCAGUGCCAGAGCUUCCCCACUGUUAUCUGACAAACACAAGCAUUCCAGAGAAAAUCCCUGCCUGUCCCCAAGAGAGAGACCCUGCAGUGCCAUAUUUCCAUUUCCCGCUGAAGCUCCCCAGAGGAUGUUGUAUAAUCACAUUGGAGAAAACACUUUGCCACGGAGUGAUCCAAAUCUAUCUGCCCCAGAAAAGGCUGUGAAUACAACCCCAAGCAGCUGGAGUUUGGACAGUGGAAAGGAAGCCAAAAAUAUGUCAGAAAGUGGAAGGCUGAUAACCCCUCCAGUACCACCACGGCCAACACAAGCUGCUUCUCCAGCCAGGAACAUAGCUGCUGUUUCCCCUUGUGUAAUGGGAAGGUCACCUAUGAAGGGGUCCAUGCAAUCAUUUACACCAUCUCCUGUAGACUGCCACCCACCAGGCAUGAUAUCAAAUUCUCCAGUCUUAUCCGGAAGCUGCAGCAGUGGUAUUUCCUCAUUAAGUCGCUGUAGCAUUUCAGAAAUGUCUGGUUUUGAGACCCAGUUCUAUGAACAAACUGUAACUGUUUCUAACUAUGGUAUGUCGGAGGAACCAACAAGAAAGGAAAAUAAGACUCCUCCCCCUUACAGUGUGUAUGAGCGGACUUUAAGACGACCUGUGCCCAUACCUCAAUGCCUUUCCAUCCCAGCUCCUAUUGAACCACCAGCUUUACCGCCCAAACCAGGCCUUGCACGGCCAACUACCCUGGAGAAUGGCAAACGGACUGAGCCACUUCCACGACCUAGACCUUUCCCACGGAAAGUUUCCCAGCUGUAAAAAAAAACAAAAAAAGAAAAACUUUAUUUUAAUGCCGUGGAAGAAUAUCAUUACUUUUUUUAAUAAUUAACCCUUAGGGGUUUUUAAUUGAAAACUGAGGAAAGAGUUAAACACUUAAUGAAAGUGUGGGCACUUUAAAUCUUUACUAUUUUAUUCCCUAAUUAAGGAAAUGAAAGUUUUUUAAUUAUUAUUUUGCACAUUAUUGUAGAAAUAUUAAUUCAGGAUUAACUUGACAUGAGGCACUUUUGAUCAAAUAAAGGCAAAAAGAAGCACAAGAAUUCUAUAUUGUGCGAUUUCAGGACUAUU